UUACUUUAAGCAGGUUAAGAUAAAUAUAAAUUGCUGAAAAUAAUUUAACCUGUCUUGUUGGAUGAUGAUCUUAUUUUAUCAAUAUUCGCGUUACUAGGGAGCGGUCAAUAUAAGUUCGCAAUAUUAUACUAAGUAAUACUUUAAAAUGGCUAAAGCCACGACUAUUAAAGAAGCUAUAAAGAAAUGGGAAGAUAAAACGGGUGACCAAGCGGCUACGGCCACAGAAGUUAGUCUUAUGUUUCAAUGGCCGCCGAUUGAGAAGAUGGAUAAUACUCUUGCUACUUUGACGAAUUGCGAGAAAUUAAGCUUAUCUACGAAUAUGAUUGAGAAAGUAACUGGAUUAAACACUUUUAAAAAACUGAGAAUACUUUCUUUGGGCAGAAAUUAUAUUAAGGGUUUUACUGGCAUGGAACCGCUCGGCGAUACAUUGGAAGAACUAUGGAUAUCUUACAACUUGAUUGAAAAACUAAAAGGGAUCCAUGUUUUGAGAAACUUAAAAGUUCUAUACAUGAGCAACAAUUUAGUUAAGGAAUGGAGUGAAUUUAAUAAGUUACAGGAGUUACCACAUUUAGAAGACCUACUCUUCGUUGGAAACCCCCUCUAUGAUGGCUGUGAACUGGAAGCUUGGAGAUCAGAAGCCGCUAGAAGACUUCCCAAUCUGAAGAAGUUGGACGGAGAAACUGUGCUCAGAGAAGAUGAACCGCCUUUGACUGUUGCUGACAUGCAGCCCGACGGAGGUGACGGUGUUGAAACUUUGGUUAGCGCCGAAACCAACGAUUGAAGAAAAAAUAUGCUUCGGAAUAACGACGAUUUACAUAACAGAGGAUUAACCAAUGUCUAUCUAUUAUUAAU